AAGCAGCACUCCAGUUAAGUUUGUGUCAAAACUGUUCCAGACACUCCAGUGUCCACCCUUCUCACGCGUCCUCGCCCUCCCCCUCCUUUAACUGUGAGGCAGGAGGCCAGAGAGCCGCACAAACUUUCACUGCGGCUCUGCACACACUCUCUCGGCUUCUCUCUUUUCUCCUCCGCGCCUCUGAAGACUUUAAGUGGAGUUAAAGCUGCCAGCGCUUCAAUCUGAUCUACUUCCUGAAUCACGAUCCAUGCCAAAAGUGCACAGAGGGACAAACGGAGAGAGGAAGAAAUCGUUACAACACAAAGCUCUCUGAGGAGCAGCGACUCUCUUCUGCUUUAAAACAUUUAUGUGAGUGGUAGAAGACAUCGUCUCAUUGCAAAAGAAGACAAAAAAAAACUUUGCGCCAGACGCCACCCGGGGUGUGGAUGGUACAAGUUUUGACGCUCGUCGCCGAUUCUUCCCUAGGUUCCUUGCAUCGAGUUUGGAGACACUGUGCGCUGUGAAGCUUCGGGGGUUCAUGUACUGGAAAAAUGAAGUCUUAUCCCCUCUUUCAGAGGGAAACAAGAUAUCUGAAGGAAUUCCCACGAAGCAGGUGAUCUCUUCUGAGCAUCAGAGCACGCCCGGAUCCUCGCGCUGCGUGGACUCCAAACACACGCAAAUGUCCCACUCGGACGGAGAGUCCCAGCGGUCCAACAUGGAGCGGGAGGACCCUCACUCGUCCCCGAGCACCCCGUCCACCCCCUCGGUGUGCUCGCCGACGUCCAGCGCCAGCUCGGUUCCGUCCACCGGGAAGAACGUGUGCGCAAGCUGCGGUCUGGAAAUCCUGGACAGAUAUUUGCUAAAGGUGAACAACCUGAUCUGGCACGUGCGCUGCCUGGAGUGUUCGGUGUGCAGGACGUCGUUACGUCAGCACAGCAGCUGCUACAUCAAGAACAAAGAGAUCUUCUGUAAAAUGGAUUAUUUCAGUAGGUUUGGUACUAAAUGCGCCCGCUGUGGUCGGCAAAUAUAUGCCAGCGACUGGGUGCGCCGCGCAAGGGGAAAAGCAUACCACUUGGCAUGUUUUGCAUGCUACUCCUGUAAGAGGCAGCUAUCCACAGGAGAGGAGUUUGGCCUGGUGGAGGAGAAGGUCCUGUGUAGGAUCCACUAUGACACCAUGGUGGAAAACCUCAAGCGAGCUGCUGAGAGCGGCAAUGGUAUCACAUUAGAAGGAGCUGUGCCAACAGAGCAAGACAGCCAACCCAAACCGGCCAAGAGGGCACGGACAUCCUUCACAGCAGAACAACUACAGAUCAUGCAGGCUCAGUUUGCCCAAGAUAACAACCCAGACGCCCAGACACUGCAGAAACUAGCCGACAUGACGGGACUCAGCAGGAGAGUUAUACAGGUGUGGUUUCAAAACUGCAGAGCAAGACACAAAAAGCACACACCCCAGCACAGCGGGGCGCCUCAAGGUCACCCUCAGUCCCGGAUACCCUCGUCCCUGCCCGAUGAGCUGCAUUACUCUCCGUUUGGCAGUCCAGAGCGGGCGCGCAUGGUGGCCCUUCACGGGUACAUUGACAGUCAUCCCUUCUCCGUGCUGACCUCUCAGAGUCUCCCCCACCAGGCCAUGUCGCUGCCCCAACUCCCCCUCAGCCGCUAGUACUCCACUGCGACCCUUGUGACCCUGUAACCUCUGGAUCCUAACUCUUGACGUCUGCCGACUUGAUCCGGUAAUCAAGCUGAAGUCGGCUUGGAGAAAAGGCAAAUCGGAACCUCGCCCAAUCGGAAAACCAAAAUGGAGGAAAGAUUAAGAUUUCAGAUGUUGAGCAAUUUUCUUCAGCGAACUGGAAUAUCUCGUCUACAGCCCGUGUAUCGACACAAAGUACCUCCGCUCUACAUUAAAAGUAGAACGAGAUGUGAAACGACAAAACUGAACAAGGAAGUAGGACUAACGCUGUCUGAUUAUUGACAAUAAACGGAACAGAAAUUUUAAGGGAACUGUCCCUUUGGCGCACACAGUACACCCCAUUAAAGGUAAGGCUCUGCCCUCUUUUCCUCUCAGCAACCAUGAAGGAACCCUGAAUGAAACUAGACUUCUUUUUUCCUCCUUCAGAUAAUCAGGAAUGACACAAAACUACACAAUUAUAAUCAAAAGUGAAUCCAUCAAAGUUGAAACAUGUAAUUUAUGGCUGCACGCUUUGAAUGAUUUGAUUGUGAGGAUUAUACUCCUCAAACUUGUAGAAAGUCCUAAAGUACAGUACUGUGCAAAAAACAGGCAUGACUUACAAAAUAUAAGCAUUUAUGUUACAGAAAUAAUGAACAAAUUUAUUAUAAAAAGAGAUGUGUGAACUAUUCACUCUACAAAUAUGUUGACCAACUCAUUAUUUAUUAAUGAUUCAUUUGCCUUUGUUGGAAUUAUGCAGACUGAAAUUUAUGAAGUAAGGUUUUUAAAACAGGAAUGUUUCAUCAUUUAAUACCUAAAAUACAUAUACUCUGUAAUAUUAUAUUUUUUUAUUAAUAUUUUGAAAUUUCAAUUUUUUUAAGACAAACUCAAAGACCACAAUUAUCCAAAAUUACAAUUGUACAGAAAGACGUGAGUGCUUCAGACGUCUGCACAGCACUGUAUGAGUUCUGUGAUCUCUUGAAGAAAAUCCACAAAGCAAAAUUCUUUGAUCGCCUUAUUAAUUGUAAGUUUUUUUGGGGUGGAGGAACUGCAUUCAGUUAUUUACUAAGAGAGAAAUUGAGCCAAGUCUAACAAAUUCACAAAUUGUAACAAGCACUUCUCGAACUUAUUUUGCAUUUCAGCACAGUUGUAUUGUCAGUAAUUUCUGACUUGUUUGAAGUUACUUGUUCAGUCUCGUCUUUCACUCUCUCAUAUGAAGAGUUUAGCAGAGUUUUGGUACCAUAUGGACAAUAUGAAACAGAGUGGGGAUGUCCAUGUAAAGUAAGAUGUGUGUGUGUGUGUGUGUGUGUGUGUGUGUGUGUGUGUGUGUGUGUGUGUGUGUGUGUGUGUGUGUGUGUGUGCCUUUGGAGAGUGUGUUUGUAUUGUAGUUCCAUGACCAUUGUGGGAAGGACAGGAUCCAACAAGACCUCAAUGUCCUUGUAUUUAUUGAGAUGGUAAAUCCCUGUAAAGCACUUUCCCCCCUUUAAAAUCAUUUUGUUUUGUUAGAAAAAAAAAGAAAUGAAAAAAAGUUUAUUUGAUAGACUGUGCAUCAUAAAUGUUUUGUGUACUAAAAUGCAAUAAAAUGGAAUGUGAUA